GCAGAGCGGGCUGUUGACAGAUGCUGAGAGGGGUUCUGUGAUUGGCUCGUCGCGGUGGGUGUUUCCGCAUUCCGCUAAGCGCAGUCAGCUGGAGCUCGAGUUGAAGAGGGCACCGUUUAUCUGUGAGGACACCUCUUUCAGUCACUCCUGGGGGAAUACCGGAGCAAAGCUAGCGAGCGGGAUGCCGUACAUGUUCGUCAGCACACAGAUUCGACUGGAGAACGGUCCGACAAAUGUGGGGGAUGAAUUUUCGGAUCCAGUGGUCAUGAAUUACCUGGGAGCGAGGAAAACGACUAUGCUGGGGAACAACUUUUCCGAGUAUCACGUGGAUGACCCGCCUCGCCUGGUGCUGGACAAGCUGGAGAAGAUUGGCUUCCGUGUGGUGUCCAUGACAGGUGUGGGACAGACACUGGUGUGGUGUCUUCACAAGGAGUUGGAGUGAUGGAUCACAAAGAUACCGUACUGGGAGGGCGGGUACUUGUAUAAGCCUUUAAAGGGGUAAAUGAAUUCUGCAGAAUAUCCCUGUUUUUACUCUAUACAUUCUACAUUUAAGAUAUUGGCAACUAUAAAGUAACGCCAUAGUCAAACAAAAGUAACAUAAAGUCUCAGAUUAGAUGAUAGGUCACCAGAUUCAGGGGAUUACUGAAACUACAGGGGUUUGCCUUUGUCAAUACUGUUUAGCACUGGUGAUACAGUGUAGUGACCAGAGUAGAUUUAUCCUGAACCAAGCCUCACUUUUUUUCUAAUUAAAACACUAGAAACAUUUGUACAUGCAUCGCUGUGUAAAGACAAUUUUUCUUUAAAACAUGUGUUUCUAACUUAAUGAUGUCAUUAUGUGGAUUGCGUACUUACUAUUAAAAGUAAUCAGUUUAAACAGAAUUAAACAUAAUGUGUAAUCGUCUGAAAAUCUGUAAAACAGAUGCAUACAGGACAUCAAAAAUAAAACACGAUAAACAUUA